AUGAUCAACGACGCCGAUGUGAACGCGGUUUAUAUCGCCACUCCCCACCGAUACCACAAGCAAUACGCCAUCAUGGCGGCGCAGGCAGGAAAGCCAGCCUACGUGGAGAAGCCAAUGGGAAUGAGCCACGUGGACAGCUCUGACAUCCUUGCAGCCUUCCAGCGCGCCAAGCUGCCUCUCUUUGUGGCCUACUACCGCCGCGCCCUGCCCAACUUCCUCAGGAUCAAGGCCUUGCUGGAGUCCGGGGCCAUAGGGGACAUCCUGUCAGUGCAGGUGGUAUACCACCGGCCCCCUAACAAGUACGACUAUCAGUGGGCAAUUAGUGGGGUCCCCACUCAAAAAGAGCUGCAGACGAUGCUGCAGGAACAGCAGCAGCAGCAGCAGCAGCAGCAGCAGCAGCAGCAGCAGCAGGGCGGAGGGACCGAAGAGGGAAGUGGAGGCAGGGAGCAACAUGAGCGGCGGUACCCCUACCGGCCUUUACCCCAACACCACCCAGCAGGGGCGUCGCUCCACAACGCCACGCUCAGGUGGCGCGUGGAUCCGCUUGUGGGCGGCCUGGGAGGGUACUUUCGCGACAAGGGCAGCCACCAGCUGGACCUGCUCGACUUCUGGUUCGGCCCCGUGGUGGCAGUCUCUGGUUGGUCCGCCAAUCUUGCCGGCCUGUAUCCAUCUCCUGAUACAGUCACAGCCCACUUCCGAUUCGCCAAUGGAAUUGUCGGCACGGGCAGCUGGAACUUCGCAGCAGGCAAGUCCAGCCAGCAGGAGUACGGCGAGAUCACGGGCAGCUCGGGCAGAAUAAAGUUCCAGUUCUUCCUGUCCAAUAAGGUGGAGCUGUGGAACGACACAGGGCACUAUGAGUGGGAUGACCCGAGCCCAGAACACGUGCAACAGCCAUUACUAGCGACAGUAGUGUCGGCUCUUAGAGGUCUAGGGGAGUGCCCGAGUGUGGGAGAGAGUGCAAUUCGAACGAGCCUUAUUCUCGAUAAAAUUGUGAACGGGGAAAAGUGGCCGUGA